AUGGUCUGCAAGUCCACCUUCGUCGCCAUCGCACUUGGUCUCAUGGCCUCUGCGAACCCCGUCGGCCGCGAGCCUGCACGCAUCCAGCGCAUCCCACUCACCAAGCGUAGCGGCUUGACUAACUCUGAUGGCACUUUCAAUCUCAUCAAGGCCGUGAAUGAGAUCGCCCGAGUGAAAAGCAAGCAUAGUCACAAUCUUCAGGUCAUCGACAAGCAUCGCGAUCACGGUCAUCACAGCAGCAGUGAACCCGUACAACCCAGCGCGAUACCCACCCCAGCACCAUCAGUUGGAACUUUGACCGCAACUGAAAUUCUAUCCGCGACAGACACGGGAGCUCUGACAGCCGUGGGUACCGUAUCCGAGCUACUCACCGGUACUAGAACUCGCACUGGAACGGUCGUUCCGUCGUCUGCGCCUUCCAGCGCCGUCACGGGGAGCGUCCCGCUGACCGAUGACGAAGGCGAUCUCCUCUGGACUGGCCAGCUCACUAUCGGCAACCCACCGCAGCCCUUCGUGGUCGACUUCGACACCGGCUCCGCUGACCUUUGGAUCCCUUCUGUGUCAUGCCACGAUUGCGGUGGACAGGACCCGCCGUACGACCCGUCGAAAUCAUCGGAGAGCCAACCCCAGAGUGGGACGUUCCAGAUCAACUACGGGGACGGCUCCAGCACGUCUGGCUCGCCGUAUUCUGACACUGUCUCCGUCGGCGGUAUUACGGUGUCCGGACAGGUCUUCGCUGCUGUAACUCAGGAGUCCUCCGAGUUCCUGAGUGAGCCCAUGGACGGUAUCAUGGGGAUGGGUCUCCCAGCUCUCUCUAGUCUCAAAACCACGCCCUUCUUCUAUACCGCAAUGAAGCAGGGCUCUGUCGCUCAGAACACUUUUGCUUUCAAACUCGCGCAGUCCGGUUCAGAACUGACGCUUGGCGGAACCAACAAUGCAUCUUUCACAGGGGACAUCGAAUUCCACAAACUCUCCUCUGCCGUUGGCUACUGGAUCAUCGGCGACGGCUCGGUCGCUGUCGGCGGCAAAACCUCCGCCUCGCAGAUCCAGACCAUCAUAGACUCGGGCAGCACGAUCAUCACUGCCCCCACGGCCGCCGCGGACGCGCUGUGGCAGAGCGUGCAGGGAGCGCAAGCAUUCGAGCAAGGGAUGUACACCUUCCCGUGCGACUCUGCCCCUGAGGUUGCGUUCAGCUGGGGCGGGAAGUCGUGGUCGAUCAGUGCCAACGACAUCAACCUUGGUCAGGUGGAGGAAGGCUCUAGCGACUGCGUCGGCGCAAUCGCUGGAGGUGACCUCGGGUUCGGAGAUGACGUCUGGCUCCUUGGUGAUACCUUCAUGAAGAACGUCUACACCGUCUUUGAUGCCGACCAGAACGGGUCCAUCGGUUUUGCUCAGCUCGCCUGA